AUGUGGAUCCUUACCGGCGCCGCGGAACUCGUGUUCACGGACAAGAGCAUGAUGGGUAGUGCGGACAUCGCGACCGGUAUCAAUGGCAUUAGGAGAAGGGGAAAUGCUACGGUCGUUGCUAAUGGCUUGCUGGGGCCUGAUGACUUCGAGCUGGAUGACGCGGAAAAGAACGUGUAUGUCACGGAUAUCUUCGCGAAUCAGAUGCUGAGGAUAUCGACUGAGGGGGAAAAUGUUGAAGUCGUGGCGAAUCUGGCAGGACCUACCUCUGCGCGGUGGGCAACACGUCGGAGAGGGAAAGCUAACCUGUAUGUGAGCACGAGCGGCGGCUUUUUGCAGUAUGCGCAGGGGAAUGUGACGGUUGGGGGGAGUGUUGUUCGGUUUGACGUAAACAGCUGA